AGUUUGUUUUUGAAGACGGAACGGUAUUGCUAAUGUUUACAAGCUGCUAUCGUUUAUUUAUAUUAAAUUUGUAUUAAAAGUUCACUUUAGAUAUGAAUUUUAUUUCUCAAUAAAUAAUGGAAGGGGCCUACCAAGACAAAUAUUCGUUCGUCGGCGAAUGGUACGAUAGCCAAGCCAGCGUAACACGACGAUAUAAUGUAUUUUAUUAUCCGUACGACGAUACCGUAGAAAUGUUUGAUCUGAAAAAUCGUAAAACCUUUGUUCGAAGGGUAAAAGUAAAUGGUAUUAGUUUGGAUAAGUUUUGUAUUGGUGGUACUCUCUUAAUUUUAGGACGCCUUAUUAAAAUAGUAGAUUUCGCUUGCGAAUAUACCAGAAAAAAAUUACAAAUAGAUAUGGAAGUGACAUUUGCUAUGAUCAAACCUAUACCGACUAACAUUGCUGGAAAAAUUGUCACGCAAUUGAAUGGUCAUGGACUACGCAUUUCUAAAAUGAAAAAAGCUCGCCUUACUGCCAAUGACAUAAGUUUUAUCUAUAGACAUUUGCUUACGGAUCCUACAUACGCAUUUCAACUGGAUUAUUUGGAAGGGCAACUAGUAAUAGGUUUGGAGUUAGUGGGGAACAAUGCAGUGGCAGCAUGUCAUGAAUGCCUGGGCGACGAGGACCCCCUGAAGGCUGCUCCUGGUACUGUAAGAGCCCUCUAUGGAUCUGAUGCUGUGAGAAACUGUGUGUAUGCAUCACCAACUCCAGAACAUGCUUUAGAGGACACAGAAUAUUUCUUCAGCGGGCGCCUGCGGCUCACGGCCACGCUGUCCAACUGCACGCUGUGCGUGGUGAAGCCGCACGCCGUGCGCGAGGGCAAGCUCGGCGCCGCCAUCGAGACCAUCGCUGACGCCGGCUUCGAGAUAUCCGCUCUAAAUAUGCUCAUCGUUGAGAUGGUUAACGCUGCGGAGUUCUAUGAGGUCUACAAGGGCAUUGUGCCUGAGUAUAAGGGCAUGAUGGAGGAGUUGUCGAGCGGGGCGUGUGUGGCUAUGGAGCUGCAAGCGAAGGAUAAGUCCGUCAACACAGCUGUGGAGUUUCGGAAAUUGGUCGGCCCUUCCGAUCCGGAAAUCGCUCGGUUGCUCCGGCCGCACACCCUCCGUGCCAAGCUCGGCGUGACCAAGGUGCAGAACGGCGUGCACUGCAGCGACCUGCCCGAGGACGGCCUGCUCGAGGUCGAGUACUUCUUCAAGAUCCUGGACUUCUGAAUAAAGACUGCCUUCAUAGAUUACUACACUAAUAUACAUGUAAACUCAACAUUUAUAACGCGUACAGCUUGAAGCUCGAUGGCGCUGCAAUCGAUAAAAAACAAUGCCUUUGGAUAUGGCAUAUCCAUGGAAACAAAUAUGUAAUUAGACUACAGAUUUGGGGAACUAUUUACUUCCAAACCCAUUGCAAUUUCACUGGAAUAUUUUGUUGUCUAAUUAGUACCUAGAGUAAGAGCUAGCCCCGAAAAUGGACAAUGGUAAUAACAACGAAACUUGGAGCCUAAAAAAUAACUUGUACUGAUUUAUAUUUAUAAUACCGCCGAUUCUAGAGCGUUAGCUAAUAUUGACUUCUGUUUUAGCAAAGGCACUAAAGUCUUAAAGUAGAUUGAAAUAGAGAUAGAAUCGCCAUUGUUUGUAAAUUACCGAAAAGUUCAGAAUAUCGGGUAAUUCCAGAAAUGGACUCUAAUAUAAUGGAAUUAUGGGUGAUUUUUAGAAAUAGCCGACAUUUGGAAGUAGUAGGAAUUACCCGAAUAUAUUUGAAAUCUUAAAAGUGUAGCGCCAUAUCACCGACUUUGCAUGUUUAUUAUUUUAGUCAUCUGUACAACCUCAUAAAAUACGCUUAGUUACGGUUUACUUAAACUUUUAUAAUGGCACCGAGUGAGUGAGCUGCAAUGUUUUCGGGAGUUUCUAAUGUUGAAUAACGCGAUUUUAAUUGAUUUGAGUGUCGGUAUUGACUGGUUUUUUAUUUGUGCACUGAAUGAACUGUUGAAAUAUACAUGGAAUUUACCAAUA